AUGGGAAAUUUUUCGGUUUCUGAUGAUUGGACAAAAGAGCAGGACAUGGCAUUGCGCAAAGCUUACUUCAGUGCCCGACCAUCCCCACAUUUCUGGAAGACAGUUUCAAAAAUGGUGCCAGGGAGAUCUGCUGAAGACUGCUUCAACAGAAUUUAUACUGACCUCUCAACACCGACUCCAAUUGCCCCACGUUCCAGAACAAGUAAACCAACAUUUUCUCCUAUAGGAAAUUUCACAUUGUCUGAUCCAAAACUUCCAAAUAUCUUGGAACCUACAGUCAGAAGGCGAAAGACCGCUAAACAGAAGAAUCUAGUAGCACAGAAGACAGUGAAGCAUUUGUUGCAGAAGCAUUGCCGCAUUGACCAAGCUCAAGAGGCUGACCACUUCUCAAUUUUUGAAAGCUCACCAAGUGCCUUACAAUUGAACUUAUCUUUUGAAGAUUCUCCUGGGACUCCUGACAGUUGUAUGAAUUCAGCUUCUCUAGGCAAGCGCAGUGGAAGUUCUUCAGCACGAAAGAAACCAUUUUCUAGGUUAAGAACUAAGCCAUCUGAACUGAGCCCAGCAGUUCUAAAGCCUAUAAAGAAUGUUAUCUUACAUGAGAAGUACAUUGAUCAAUUGGCACGUAGAGAAGGCACAAAAAGGCCUCGCAGAAGGACUCCAGCAGGCUCUAAAGCUGCUGAUUCUGGGAAGUUUCUUUCUGAGCAGCAAGCUGGUAGUGUGAAGGCUGCUAAAAAUGCUCUCAUCUCAGAAGCAACCAACUUAAUAAGCAGUUUUAAGACGCUGCAAGCCAAUUCCCUUGUGCAUGUUGUGGAGAAUAGUGAAGACGAGAUUGAAUGUGAUGCCAGUGAUUGUAGCCAUGAUGAUAAAGAAUAA